GGGCGGCCGCCGCCUCCCCCCCUCCCCGGGGGGCAGCAGCCGAGGGCCGCCUCCCUCCGCUCAGGGCGGGCGUUGGGGCCGCGGCCACCUCCCCCCUCCCGCCGGGGCCGGCCGAGGGUGGGCGCGCAGGGCCCGGGGGCUGCUGGCGAAUGAGUGCGGCUCGGCGGAGGCUGCGGAUGAGUCGGGUGAAGGAGCUGGUGGCUUACUGCCUGCUCCUGGGACUGUCCUUCCCCCUCCUGCUGCUGCUGCCCUUCCUCUGAGAUGCGCUGGGCGACGGCUCGUCCCCGCCGCGGGGGGACGGGCGGGAGGAGCCGGCGGGAGCCCCGCUCCGCCGCCCGCCGUGCGGCCGCCGCUAGCAGCAGCAGCAGCAGCAGCCUGAGGGACUGACGCCCCGGCGGGGGACGAUGGGGACCUCGGACGGUCUUUGCGGCGGUGCCACCCAGCCUGCGCGGGCGGGCGGGCUGCCUCUCCCCGCGGGGGGGCCCGGCCGCGGCCCCGGCCGCGCUCUGCCCCUACGGGUGUGAUGGCGGCGCCGCCGCGCUCGCCGCUCCCUCUCCCCGGCUGACGGGGACGCCAGGCAGAGCCGCGGUGUCGCAGCUCCCCUCUCGCCUUCCCAAGUUAGGCUUCGGCGGCUCGGCGCCGGGGCCGGCGGCGCCUCUGCCCUCAGGCGGCCCAGAUGGGCCAGCGGCCGCGGGCACUGCCACCGCAGCCCCCUCAGCGCGGGGCCGGCGGGUCGCGCCUCGCCGCCCUCCCUGAGCCAGCGCCAGCGCCGCGGGGCCGCCGCGGGCCCCUCGCCUCCGCGCCCACCGGGCGGCGGCUGUAGCCGGCGGCAGCUGCCGGCCGCGGAGCCCGCGUUGCUGCAAUCCCGCCGCUCUGCGGGGCGGAGUGUGUCCCCGCCGGCUUGCCGUGCGGGGAGGCGGGCCGGGGGCCGGCUGAGAUGGGAGAGAGCAUGUCCAAGAGGCUGAAGCUGCAGCUGGGCGGCGAGGCGGAGAUGGAGGAGCGGGCUUUCCCCAACCCCUACCCCGACUACCAGCCCCACGGAGCCGGGGCUGCUGCCGCCCCCAGCGCGGCGGACGGCCAGCGGGACAAGGCGCCGCUCCAGCCGGAGGAGGAGUCUCUCCCCUUCGGCGCCGACGGGAAGGUCAGCGCUCGGUUCUCAAAACGGAUCCAGGCAAAAAUCAAGGACCUUCUGCAACAAAUGGAGGAAGGGCUGAAGACGGCAGAUCCACAUGACUGUUCUGCCUAUACUGGCUGGACUGGUAUUGCCCUCUUAUAUCUGCAACUGUACCGUGUCACAAAAAACCAGGGCCAUUUGCAGCGAUCUCUUGAUUAUGUGAAGAGAAUCCUUCGCAAUCUGAAUGGCAGAAGAGUUACUUUCCUCUGUGGUGACGCUGGGCCACUGGCAGUGGGUGCAGUGGUUUAUCACAAGCUGAAAAACGACAGUGAAUCUAAAGAAUGUGUUGCCAAGUUGUUGCAGCUCCAAAGGACAGUCAUAAGCACAGAUGCUGAACUUCCAGAUGAGCUGCUUUAUGGCAGGGCAGGUUACUUAUAUGCCUUGUUGUACCUGAACACUGAAAUCAGUCCGGACACUGUCCCACAGUCUGUUAUCAAAGAGGUAAUAGACGCUAUUAUUGAAUCAGGAAAAAACUUUUCGAAGGAGGAACGGAAAACAGACCGUUGUCCUCUGUUGUACCAGUGGCACAGGAAGCAAUACGUUGGAGCAGCCCAUGGAGUGGCUGGGAUCUAUUACAUGCUCAUGCAGCCAGUUGCAAACGUGGACCAGGAGACUCUGGCAGAGCUGGUAAAGCCAAGCAUUGACUAUGUGCGUCAUAAAAAAUUCAGAUCUGGGAAUUACCCAUCAUCACUGAGCAAUGAGACUGAUAGACUGGUUCACUGGUGCCAUGGCGCCCCCGGAGUCAUCCACAUGCUUAUGCAAGCUUAUAAGACUUUUAAAGAGGAUAAAUACUUGAAAGAUGCUAUGGAUUGUAGUGAUGUCAUCUGGCAGAGGGGUUUAUUGAGAAAAGGAUAUGGGAUCUGCCAUGGUACUGCUGGUAAUGGCUACUCCUUCUUGUCUCUCUAUAACCUAACUCAGGACAAAAAGUACCUCUACCGAGCUUGCAAGUUUGCUGAAUGGUGUUUGGAAUAUGGUGCACAUGGAUGUCGUAUUCCUGACCGACCUUACUCUCUCUUUGAAGGCAUGGCAGGAGCUAUUCACUUCCUCUCAGAUAUUUCAGUACCGGAGACUUCCCAGUUUCCAGCAUUUGAACUUGGACCUCAAAGGAGGGAAAACAAAGUGGAACAGGACAGCUAAAAGAUCAUUUUGAAAGGAAACUGAUGCCAAAAGAGAUGAGACUGUUUAGUGCCUCUGAUACUGAACCAACUCGGCCCUGAACUGACGGAUGGAUAAAUCCCUUUUCUCAUCCCUCCCUGCCCCAAAGGACCAUGAAGUCAUUGGAGCAUGAAUGGGAGAAGCCACAUUUAAGUUUGGUUAAAGUGACACCUUCAGACAUAGGACAAGAGAAGUCAAGUUUUGAACUUUCUCUCUUCCCUUGUAUUUGUCUUCAGGUCUUUGACAUGCUCUGCACGUUUAUUGGUGUUGUCCAUUGAUUUGAGUCUUCUGUUGUUAGCGAAAAGCUGGUCUCUGUGUGAAACUCUGUCCUGUACCUUCACGCAUGACUCACAACAGCAGUGUUGCUUUCUGCGGCCUGGUUACCCAGAGAGUACACCUUACGCCAGAGAGUUUGCUGCGGGACAGUGCCUCACUUCACUGGUGAGCUGGCAACUUCAAAAAGAGAUGAAAAACAUUCUUAUGUUCAUAUUUUUCUCCACAGUCCCUGGAAGCUAAGGUGAUGGAGAUGAGCCUGUUUUGAUGAAGAGGUAUGAGGCCACCUGUUUUCAGAAACUUCACAAGUUGGAAGGGACCUGACUUGUCUUUGCUGCUGUUGUGUGAGGUUUUUUUGAAAGCCUGAAAAAGAGGCUCCCUUUGGUACCUAUACCUGGUUAGUGUGUUAGGCACUGACAGCAGGGUGGAGAUCCUUGCCCCCAACCUCUGCAAAACCCCAUCCCAUGGCAUGAGCUUAAGAAACUGAAGGUGGAGUCACCCAUACUAACCUCCUGCUGCCGCCAAGAGCAGAGCAGGGACAGAUAACUGCUUCUCCUUUCCUGUGUGCGGUUUUGUAAUAAACCUGUCCUGUAGCACCUAGUAUACAAAUGAGUAAGGGAGGGUGUCAGGGCAGUUUCUCAUGCUGGUAACUUGGGAUGAGUGUUCUUCCCAAACCAAGGCAGUGAUUUGUCUGGGCCCUUCCCUCCCUCUCCCAGCCCCACUGCACAUUUAGCCUAUAUAGUAUGAUAGGAGCAAUAAAUACCAGCUGGUUGUGGAGGCUGCAGAAGAUUAAUGAGCAAUAUGAAACUAUGCCUAGAGGCUGUAAUUGAAGUUGAUUCGAUUUAAUCUUAGAAUCCAAACAGAAGUAGUCCUUUGCCCUUAGUUUUAACUGUGCUACUAGUGCUUUGCUUCUUCUUGUAGCAUAGUGGGGUUGUGAAAUACUAGACCUGCUUCCAGGUGUUCCUCAGUAUCAGGCUCUUGGUGUGGGAGAAGUGGGACAUACUGUUAGUACACUUGGAGCAGGCUUGUGUGUUCCAGGUAGUAAGCAUGCUUACUGCUUGGGAAAGGUAAGCGUAGCACACUCCGACACCCUCAAGCUCUGUUGUCAUCCUUCCCCCAGGUCUCGCUGUGCUCUGUCAUUUCAGGUGCUUAUUUUAAUUGAUGUCUUCUAUCAGGUGGGAGUGUGGCAGAUGGCAGAGACAUUGACCUUUCAGGUGUGCACUGGGACGUAUGUGACCUGUGGGCCAUCUGCUGAGCCCCAGUGUUUGCAGUCAGGCUUGGAGACGCGUUGUUCCACCUGCAUAAAUCUCUGAAUGGUAGCAGGUGACUUCCUUGAACUUUAUAAUAUCUGUUGUCAAAUCCAUUGGGAUGUUAAUAAUCUUCACGUUCAGUUCUGCUGGGCAAGAGCAGCAGUGCUGGUGUGGGGACAGCUUAAUGUCACAGCAUAGCUCCUCUGCUGGUUUGUCAGGUAGGACUAAAACAUGGGAGCCGCGGGAGAGACUUUUCUACCCUUCUGGCAAAGGGCAGAAGAUGAGGUGGGGGCUACGAAACCCAGCCGCAUCUAUACAGUCAGGAACGAGGCAAAAUGCUGAAAGGCAGCGGGAGUGGGGGAUGCUGCAUGGCAGGCAGCUGGGGUGAAUCAAACCAGAGCAGAGCAGCAGAAAGCAGAGGGGUCAGUGAGAGCUGAUGACGGCAGGCAGCUCACAGAGUGUGCCAGCAGAGGCUGUCUCAAAUGAGAGGUUCCUCCAUGGCAAGUACACUACAGUCUAAUCUGUUUCUUCAGUCUUUGGAUCACUGAUCCUGCCCAUAGGUAAGCCAGGGAGGAAAUUUGUCCAGGGUGAAGUCUCAUAGAAAUUCUAACAAAGGAGGUAGAUGGCAGCUCCGACCCCUUUUCACAUCAUCCCUACCCCUUUUUUCCUUCCCUUCCACUGUAACUGCAGAGCAUGUGGGGUGGGUUAACGGUGAAGGGGCUUGCCAGGUUUGCAGGAACUGCCUGCAAACACAGAACAGAAGCCAACAGCCUUCCCGGCAAAUCCCAAGCAUGUGUUGGACUGACUGCUUAGCUAGGGGGUCAACAGGCAGGUUUUUCAUUCAGUGAUUAUAUACAUAUAUGCCUCCUUGGCUGCUGAGCUUGGAAUGACACCUGUGGAACAUGAUUUUGGCUGUCUGGAGCCCACGGGGAAUUAAAACUUGCUGGUUUAAAAAAUAUAUAGGUAUAUACACACUUAGAACAGCUUAAUACCAAGCAGAUCUCCCAGAUGCUUGAGUGUACCCAUCGAAACAAUGAGCGAGUCAGCUACCAGCUCUUUCUGUACCGUAGCCAGCCUUCUGCUGCGGUGGGGCCUGGCACCGUCUUUCUCUGCAGAGUGCUCUUGGAAUUGAGCAAGACUGGAAGCGUAAUGGAUCGAGUCGGGAAGUGUCUGACAGUGCGUCUGCCUCGUCUUCCUGACAUGACUGUCCCUGUGGCUCCUCCUUUCUGUUCGUCACAGUGUUGUGGUAUGUAGGUGGCCCAUUAAAAAAGGAUAUUGUGUGAAGGAGAAAAAAUGUAUUUCAUCAAAGCAUUGUUUUCAGAAAUCACAUGACACUAAAAUGUGGAAAAUGUCUUAAUAUUCCUUGGUUUGCUUUGUCUGUGUGUAAUAGUCCUUCUGUUGCAAAAAGCAGUAGUGUUAAAAAUGGAGAUGCUCUUUGGGCAGAAAAAGAGGAAAAAAAUGCUGAUGUUUUGUUCUUUGGCUUUAUUAGUAAAGACCAAGCUAUGUGGUGGUUA